CCGUCACCUACGCUACGCUUUGUAUGGCAGUGGAAGGUCAAGUGUCAAAUCCCAGCCGAGUGUAUACUGCAGCUUUAUAAUUUGCCGUUCUAUCAUUACCAGUCCAUCACCUCGAUACUUCACCUAUACGACCCUGGUCAAUCGUGGCAUUCGCACAGCUGUCGUUCUCGAAGCUGUUGGAUGACUGCCACUGCAUGGUCUUCCAACGGCAGCAGUACUACAAUCUCUCCUAUUCUUCACGGUGCCACUCUUGUUCACCUGGUCAAGUAUAAUCGGCUCUUAUCAUGGUGCCCCCACUCAUCACGCUCGAAGAACACUUCUUCUCGGCCGCCUGCGGCGACAGCCUCCAUGACCUCUACGUCGAGCAGUUCAAAGCCAUACCCGGACUGGAGGAGCAAUUGACAGACCUCGAUCAAGUUCGACUCUCCUACAUGGAAAAGGGCAAAGUAAGCCUCCAAGUCGUCUCCCACGCUCCCGGUACCCUUAACGCACAGCAAUGCCGAGAAGCCAACGACCAGCUAGCCGAAGCGAUCAAGAAGAAUAAGUCUCGCUUUGCCGGCUUCGCUGUUCUACCUUGCUCUGAUCCCGAGGCGAGCGCCAAGGAGCUCGAACGUACCGUGAAGCAGUUAGGCUUCGUCGGAGCACUUAUCGAUUGCCACGUCAACGGCCAAACCUACGAAGGCGAAGAAUACGUGGAUAUGUGGCGAAUGGCUGAGCAGUUGGACGUCCCAAUCUACAUCCACCCGACCUGGGCGUCCGAAGACAUGAGACCAAGAUACGCCGGCAACAUCUCCGACGGCGCCAGUCGCAGCUUAGCCGCUUCAGGUUGGGGCUGGCACAACGAAGUUGCUGUGCACGUCCUGAAACUGCACGCCUCAGGUCUCUUCGACAAGUGCCCAAAGCUAAAGAUCAUCAUUGGGCAUUUCGGCGAGAUGAUACCCUUCAUGCUUGAUCGUAUCUCAAAGCUAAGCGUACGUUGGGGUGAUUUAAAGCGAAAAUGGAAGACAGUCUGGGACGAGAAUAUCUGGAUUACGACAUCGGGCGUGUGGAGUCUGGAUCCGCUAAGGUGUAUCUUGCACAAUACGAAGAUCGACCACAUCCUGUACAGUGUUGACUACCCGUUCGAGAAGAAUGAAAAUGGUGUCAAGUGGAUGGAGGAGUUGGAAGAGAGUGGACUGGUUACGAGGGAGCAGUUGGAAAUGAUCGCUUACAAGAACUCGGAGAAGUUGUUGCGGGUCAAGGCGCCGCAAUAGGUGACAUGAAACGUGCUGUGAGUAGUCCGACCGUGCGUUCUUCAUCAUGUAUAACAUCUGCUUGCAACUGCCACAUCUGUCGUGCCUUCCUCGCGGGUUGGUCGGCUCGGUCCCU